CAAAAAGUUCGCGAAAAUUACCAACCAUCCCAACGAUCACGACCACACGAACACGACGACACCACGACCACAACCGUCACAAUGGCUGGAGACAACAGAGUUACGUACCGACGGAGGAACCCGUACAACUCCCGAAGCAACAAAACCCGUAUCGUGCGAACCCCCGGCGGAGAGUUGCGUACUCUGCACAUCGCCAAGAAGGCUGGCAGCGUCAAGUGCGGUGACUGUGGAGUGAAGCUACCUGGUAUCCCCUCUCUGCGACCUCGCCAGUACGCCACGAUCUCCAAGCCUAAGAAGACCGUCUCAAGAGCCUACGGUGGCUCGCGCUGUGCCAACUGUGUCAAGGACCGUGUCGUCCGAGCCUUCCUCAUUGAGGAGCAGAAGAUCGUCAAGAAGGUGCUGAAGGAGCAGGAGCAGGGUGCCAAGAAGAAAUAAACUGGUGAUCGAUUCUAGGAUGGAACGGUUAGGUCGUCAUUGGUUUGGUGUUCACGAGGAAUAUGGCUGCAUUGUUUAAACGGCUACAACAAAAGGCUGCUUCUGUUUUAAGGGCUUCUCGUCGAGUAGAUGAUCGGAAUGGUAUAAACGACAUUUAAGACGACCUUCUACGGCGCGCAAGUAUUGGUCACAUUCAUUUGUGAUACGACUCACACUCGUGGAAAUAUAAAAGAUGAGAAGCGCCUGGAACCAUCGAUGCGCUUGCGUCCAUAGUAGCGUGAGGAGACUUCCGUUGAGGUUCACGCUGCACCAAGGGGCUCAUACGGAAUGGAUACCACCCAUUGCAGAUUAAAACAUCUAUCAAUUUGUAGUAUUCCCAAUGUGACUCUUGAAAUGUAUUUCUAUUGUGAAAUAAUCGAUGUACAAACCUUAGUAUGGCCACCCCAAUUGAAAAGGG